AAAGCAUCACAGUGAUCACUCUAAGGUUUGAAUUUAUCCAACAAAGUACAGAAUGUUUUAAUGAGGCGUCGUUCACUUUCAGGGAAAACAAGCUCAACGGCAUUUUCUUCAUAACUGUCUGUGAGGAUGAAGCUUUACACACCCUCAUUUCAACAAGGAUUGGCCAGUAGCAGUAGCAGAGUCCUUGGUCCAGGAGAAAAAUACUUUUUUUAAUUUUAAUUUUUUUUCUUAGUCCUUUUUCUCUUUCUGAUGACUCCACUGAAAACGUUAAAGAUUUGUGUGUUGUGACCCAUUAGUCAGUUAAGGUAAGGAACACAAUCUAAACUACAUAUUCUCUCACCCAUGGAGGACGUAAACGACAGCCCCAGGGCCGUGAAGGUGGAGGAGCAUUCACGCUGCGUCAUCCUGACUUAUUUCCAGGGCGACAUUAACGCCAUGGUGGACGCUCAUUUCAGCCGUGCCCUCAGUAAAGUCUGCAAGGCCAAACCUCCGAUGGGAAAGACAAAGAAGAUCCGAAAAAUGAUUAAAGUUGAGGACAUAAGUCCUUGUCAGGGGGCUGCUGUCAGUACCUUCACAGAGUCCCACGAUCCUCCAGGACCAGGUCGUCUUUUGACCUUUAACCCUGAAGAUGACACACCCCACAGUUCUUGGCACUCAUUCCCAACCAGACCAGGAGAUGGACCAGGUUUGCCCUCUAUUGCGUAUUCCUUGUCCACAGAAGGAUUGAGCCUCACAGGCCAACAAUAUGCUACAUCCCUGCUCAACCUGCUGCACAGUGACAGGGCUGAGAUGGGGCCUAGCAUAGCUUCCAGCUCCAAACCAGAACUGCUGUCCAGCUGGACGGUGCCUGCAGGAUUCAGAGACCCUGUUGAUCCUGCAGUGGGAUUUGAACCCGAACGACAUCUGGACAAAAAGGACCUGUACUGGUACUGAAUGCUGGUACUGAAGAGAGGGCUAGUACGGCAGUCAAGACCAUCAAGUGGUUAUAUCAGAACCACUGAAAACAAUGGAUAAAUCUGGGCUGUAAAGCUUCCGGAUUAAUAUCUGGUACUGUACGAGAAAUGAAAAGGAAGAAUGAACUCAGACCUUCAGCCUGUAUAAAUGAGAACAACACUUGUUCAAACCUGUUCUUCAGCUCUGACUCUUUCACUGCGCUUUCUGUUGGAGGACCUAAUUAUUAUUAUUUUUUACGUUAGAUGCCCCCAACCUUUUACUCCAAGAACCAGUUUCAUUAUGAAAAACAGAAGAAAAUAAAUAAUCAGAUUGAUAUUGAAACCAUAACACUGAGCAUCUUAUAUUAUACAAAGAGGGUUUGUCAUCAGCAGUGAUAAAGUACUAUUUUACUAUUACUUACUUUGAGUAGGAUCAAGUAUCUUUUAAAUCAGGGUUUGGGAACCUAUGGCUCGCGAGCCAGAUGUGGCUCAUUUGAUGCAUCUGGCUCUCAGAUAAAUCUCAGCUGCAUUUCUUAACACAAUAAGCAAUAAUUUUUUUUGUGUAUUUGUGGCAGCAGCGUAAUCUCUUUGCGUUGUGUUAAAUAACUGGUAAAACCAUCAGCUUAGUACAUCAUCUUUUUUUUUCUCUUAUGAAAAGUGAAAACACAGUCAGUCCAUUCUGUAACAACACACACACACAUAGGUCUGACACUGAAAAUAUCAAAUAAAUAACAGUACAGUUAAUGAUAAAAUGAAAAAUCAAAUUAAUUAAUGACAGAGCUCCUAACCUGUUACUAUAAGGACACCACUCUAAUCAGCAGGUGUGUUGCAUUUAAUUACCGAUUUUUUUUCUUCAUGGUGUUUAUUAAGCUGUUCUGUAUGACAAGUGGAACCAUAUAUUUAGAACUCUGUUACACAUUUUAAUGUUUUAAUGUUAUUAUUUUUUUGCGCUGGAGCCAAUAACAUCAAAACCAUAAAGUACCAGAAGUUGCAUUAAUGGUAUUUUAUUUUACUUUCCUAUCCUUCCUUUCUUCAAGUAUUGGGUAGUAUAACAACGUUAUUCAUUUUGUAAAUAACUUUAAUAACUUUUUAAUACUUCAGAGACUUAUUAUACUCUUGAUUAAAAAUAUUUACUUUAGUAUUCAGAAGUAAAAUAUAUUAUAUAUUUAUAUUGUAUGGCUCUGACAAUAACACUUUUUAAAGUAUGAUUCCCGACCCCUACUUUAAAAGCUGAAGGUUGGUCUUCUCCUAUUGGCUGCUUCCUCUUCUCAAAGAAACUCUUCAAAGACUUUUACGCAGUGUUUCUCUCAUGGUAUCAUCAUCGUUUACACUGAUAAAUAAAGUGCAAAAAAGUUCUAUAAACCUUUCUCUUGUCCCUUGGCCCAAAAAAUAUUAUCUGGGUGCAGUACUGAAUGAGCCAGUCAGGGAUCAGGGGUCAGGACUCUCUGUUUUAGUGGAACUACUUUAGAAACUUUUUACAAGUGAGUGUUAUGAGCCUCUACUCUGAAGUGAUACCAACGUUUGUAUGCUGAUAAACUGUGCAAAUUCUUUUUUGUUACUGUGAAAACUUUUAUUGACCAACACUCUGGUUUAUGUAAAUUUAUGUUAAUUUACAAGAAAUUCUAUGGAUAAAUAACUAAGUAAACAUGAAUUUUAACAGUAGGAAAUGUAGAAAAAAGCUGUUUAAUUUUGUUGAUUGUAUCAAUUUGAUUUAUUACUGAUUAAUUGAUUGAUUGAUUGAUACUGUGGAGGCUGUUCACCUUUUUUUCUAUGACCAACUGCUGUUAGAAAUCUAAUUA